CGGCCAAGUCUACGAUAGAAUGAGAGAGAGCGACAAGUGGGAGGGCCUCUCCACGGAGAUCGGCCCUCCGCUUUUCCCUUCGGAGACCCGCUCCGUCGCGGGCUCCGCACCUGGCGGCGGCGGCGGCGGCGGCGGGCUCCUCCGCGGUCUCUUCGGCCUCGCGCCCCCAAACUCGCACUCGCAGAUGGUGUCGCGCGGUUCUUUCGCCAGCAUGGACUUUUGUGGGGGCGAGGAGGACGCGCAGGACGCGUGGCGCGAUAAGUGGGAGGCGCACCGACGAUCCUCAGUCGACGAGACCAGAUCACCGCGCACCAGCCCGCUCGCCGGCGCCGGAACCAGCGCGCCGUGGUCCAUUCCCGCGCGCCCACAAUCGGGCGACGUCUGGGCCGUGAGCGCGGGCCGCGGCGGCGCCGGUCGGUCCUUCGGCUCUUUCGCGAGCGACGACCCCAUGAGCGUGUCGUCGUCGGGGGCGUCCACGCCGUCGAGGCUGUCGCUGGGGUCGGACCCGAGGGUGCACGGCCUGGGCGGCGCGGCCGGGUCUUCGCACCCGCCGGUGGACGUCCUGCGGUCCAAAUUCUUCGGCGGGUCGUAUCCACCCGGCCCGGUCGGUCGAUGAGUGUCGAUGAGGCGACGCUCGUACAUCACGCUUGUAAUAACACGAGAAGAGACAAACGACGGUGUAUCAAAUCAA